CAGGUCAGCAAUCAUGUGACAGACUCUCCCAAAGAGCACUGGCUGCUGAUGGCAGCUGGCACGCACCUGGCACGCAGUGCUGGGUCCUCUCUUUGCACCUGGCGGCACCUGCCACUCAAGACGAGCCCCAGUGUUUUGCCCCAGAUUCUCUGCGCCCCGUAAGCCGGCAGCGUCGUUCGAGCCUCGGAAGCGGCGUUGGACGCCAUCACAUGUCCCUCCAAUCGCUUGUGAAGCUGCACUGCUGUCGUUAUACCACCUCUAUUCCCGCCACAACUAUCCCAGGCUCCCAAACCUUACUUUUUAUUUCUCGCAUAUCACGAGAUUAUUCGCAUUUGCCAGCGACACCUAAAUUCCAAUUGCAACACCGCGACGAGCUCUCGCUAUCCCUUCCCCCGCAGUACCUCGUCACCGGCCGACCAUCUUUCCGCAUCAGCUUGAUAUCGCCUCCAUGUAUUGAAUUGAGUGCCGGUUUUAAUCACUACCAUCAAUAACCAUGGCCGCGCAAUCCACGCUGCGGAAGACUGCAGCCGAGGAGGCCCUGGCCGCCUUCAUCGACAAAUGGACGAAUGCCGCCCGCAACAAGAUGCGCAACUCGUCCCGCGCAACCCGCAUCCUUGCCGCAAUUACCCUCGCAGCCUCCAUCAUCCUAGGUGUUGAGGGAACUAGAAGGCUGUGGAAAAAGCGCAAACACGAGCAUGAACAGGGUCGCAAACUGGUUCGCACCAACUCAUGGCUGCAUAACAAGGACGGAUCUCGCACCAUCUACGUUCCUUAUAAAGACAGUACCUCCAAGGUUACCAUCAAUACCACAAAAACUCUCACCUUCGAAGCCCACAGAAGGCUCUUCCUCAACCCCCCACGCGUGGCCGGCCUGGACGGAACAUCUACGCCAACAAAGCCUGGCCUCAACCUCGCCUUUCUGCACCAAUUCCUCAGCCUGAUGAGCAUUAUGAUUCCGCGCUGGACCAGCAAAGAAGCUGGCUUGCUGCUCAGUCAUGGUAUCUUCUUGAUGAUGAGAACAUAUCUUUCUCUCGUCGUUGCUAGAUUGGAUGGUGAGAUCGUUCGCGAUCUGGUUGCUGGCAAUGGCAAGGCUUUCACAUGGGGUAUCAUCAAGUGGUGUGGAAUUGGAAGUGUUGCAUCAUACACCAACGCUAUGAUCAAGUUCCUCGAGUCGAAGGUGUCCAUUGCCUUCAGAACACGCCUGACCCGCUACAUCCACGACUUAUAUCUCAACGAGAACCUCAAUUAUUAUAAGCUUUCUAACUUGGAUGGUGGUGUUGGUCAUGGCGCAGAUCAGUUUAUCACCCAGGAUUUGACGCUAUUCUGCGCAUCCGCGGCCAAUCUCUACUCGUCGCUCGGCAAGCCAUUUGUCGAUCUCUGUGUCUUCAGCUUCCAGCUUUACCGCUCACUCGGACCCCUUGCUCUGUCAGGUAUUAUGAGCAACUACUUCCUUACAGCAAGCAUUUUGCGUAAACUUUCACCACCUUUUGGCAAGCUUAAGGCUGUUGAGGGCCGUAAGGAAGGUGAUUUCCGCAGUCUCCACGCCCGUCUGAUUGCCAACGCAGAAGAGGUCGCUUUCUAUGGUGGCGCUGAAAUGGAGAAGACAUUCUUGAACAAGGAAUUUAAGUCGCUCAAGAGUUGGAUGGAGAGCAUCUACAUGCUCAAGAUUCGAUACAACAUCCUUGAAGACUUCAUCCUCAAGUAUACAUGGAGUGCCUACGGCUACCUCUUGUCGUCCUUGCCGGUCUUUCUGCCUGCCUGGGGUGGUAUUGGUGGUAUGGCUGAGAUGGCAGAGUCUGCUGAAAAGGGCGGCAAAGAGCGUAACCGCAUGAAGGAUUUCAUCACUAACAAGCGUCUGAUGCUCUCGCUUGCCGAUGCUGGUGGUCGCAUGAUGUACUCUAUCAAGGAUCUCUCUGAACUGGCAGGAUACACGAGUCGUGUCUACACCCUCAUUUCCACUCUUCACCGCGUACAUGCUGACGCAUACACUGCCAAGAAUGGCCAGAAUGAGCUUUAUUCGCUCUCGGAUGUUCAAGGUACUGUCCAGAAGGGCUUUGAUGGUGUGCGCUUUGAGCAUGUUCCUAUUGUUGCCCCUGGAUUGUGGCCCAUGGGAGGUGAAGAGCUUUUGGACGAUUUGUCCAUGAUUGUUCGCAGCGGCGAGCAUCUCCUUAUUUCUGGCCCCAACGGUGUAGGUAAGACUGCUAUUGCCAGAGUCCUCGCAGGUCUCUGGCCCGCAUACAGAGGUCUCAUCAGUCGUCCCAAGAGCAUUGGCCAAGAUGGUAUCAUGUUUCUGCCACAACGCCCCUAUCUGAGCCCCGGAACGCUCCGUGACCAAGUAAUUUACCCUGACGGCCACCUUGAUAUGCGCCAAAAGCGCAAGUCUGAAGAUGACCUGUUGAAGAUUUUGGAAGAAGCGAAGCUCGGCUACCUUCCCGAUCGUGAGGGUGGCUGGGAUACACGCAAGGAGUGGAAGGAUGUGCUGAGUGGUGGUGAGAAGCAGCGCAUGGGUUUUGCCCGCCUGUUGUACCAUGAGCCUCAGUAUGCCAUCAUUGAUGAAGGCACGAGCGCCGUUUCCAGUGAUGUCGAGGGCCUGUUGUACGAAACUUGUAAAGAAAAAGGCAUCACUCUGAUUACCAUCUCCACACGUGCAUCCCUCAAGAAGUACCACUCCUUCAACCUUGUUCUCGGACAAGGCGAGCGAGGUGACGAAUGGGAGUUCGAGCGUAUCGGCACUGAACGUGAGAAGAUGCAAGUCGAGAAGGAAAUCCAAGAAAUCAAGGAACGUCUUGCUCGGGUCGACGAGUGGACACAACGCCGCGAUGCUAUUGAAAAGGAACUCGCCGCCGUCUGGACUGAACAAGGUGAGAGCCUUGAAGCACCCUCGUAUGUCGACGCCCGUGAAGUGCUAGAGGAUGAUGCAAAGGAGGAGGAGAAGGUCGAAGCAUCUGCCUAGGCGCUGAGACGAAAGACACGAGAGCAACCAACGCCGACAUGAUAUUAUAUUACACCAUGUAGAAACAGAAGCAGGGAUAUUUUCGAUUUGCAUGCGUUUUCCUACACACUUUGCAUUUAUGUUUUGGAUUUUCUUUAAGGGAGAAGAUGUUUGUAGGUGGUCUAGAACAAGAACAACCCAGGUCUGUCGUUCCUUGUAUAUACGCAAUACUAUCAAACGAGACGCAAACAGUUGCAGCAAGAAAUUGCCGCAACGAUUUUACAAGCCGUUUACUCAAUAGACGAUUUCAACAUAAAAAACUAAAAUUUGUCGCAC